UGUUCUCAAGGGUCAGUCCUUUGACCUCUUCAGCAUAUACUGUAUAUACAAAACCUUCAAUACUUGUGACUAACAGCAAGAUAUUUAGUUUUCGCUGACGACACAGUAUUAGUUCUGUCAGUUACAAAGACACAAGAACUAGAAAAAUGUGCAAAUGAGGAUAAGUUAUCUAUACAUACAAAUAAGUCGCUAUAUAUGAUCAUCAAACAAAGAAAUAAACAAAACUGAUAUAAACUUGGUCCUGAACAAUGUUAAACUGAAAGAAGUACAAAAUUAUACUUAAUACUAAUCUUAAUGAAUAAACUUGAGUGGGACAUACAUGUGAGCCAAAUCAUAAAAAAAUUGCUCCUAUCGUUGCUGCAAUAAAACGGUGUACAGACAGUUUAAACAAAAAAUCUAGAUAAUACACGUAGUGCAUGUGACUUAACAACUAAUUUUUUAAAAAACUUUUAAAGUAUAAAGAUCCCUAUGAUAUAGCUGUAUUCGAACUUAUAACUAUAUAAAAAGUGUUGGUGAAGCAAAAAAAAAAUAAUUUUGUCAUAUAUUAAUAGUAUAUUUGUACUUAAACUUAAAAAGACUUACUUCACUUAAUUUAAUAAAUAAAUAAUAAAAUAAAAAAAUAAAGUAAGCUACAUGACAAACUUUUUCAUGACAACUAUGAAAUUGUCUAACAAAGUGUACUAAACUACUGUUAGUACAUUACCAUUUUUGCAAAUGAACAGAAAUAUAAUCACCGAGUGACGUGCACAUGAAGGGAAUAAAAAUAGUACGCAACAAGUGCGGUAAACGGCAUUUGAUUCACCAGCUAAUUUGGCUUAAAAAGUUUACCGAACGUGUUGCAUACUAUACUUUUUUUCGACCGUUAGUUUUUGGGUACAUUUUCGCCAAACAACACGAAUACAUUCACUGACAUGGCCAUCAGAAUUGACAAACGUCAAAUUGAAGGCGUGGGAAAUAUCUCCGAAAUCAUCCGAUUGCUCCCAAACCCAUGCAGUAAAAUCCCGGAAAUGUCCGAAGUGGCUCGGAUCCGUGGAAAAUAAAACACGUAGUAAAGUGACACUAUAUUUUACAGACGGGAGUAGAAACAAAUCUUUAAAACCACAUUUUAUUUUGUAGAAAAAGUAUCGUGUAAAACAUGUACUGUUGUACGAGAAUUCUUUUAACACUUGUUGCACAAUAACGUACUUACUAUAUGUCAAAAUCAUCGCCUAAUAAAUACCGAAAUGUCAAAAAUCAUUAAAGUAAAUUACGCUAGCCAUAUUAUGACAUGAAUUUGACAGUGAACACGAAUUUGCACAAUAAAAUCGUGCUAAAUAAAAAAAUUACAUGGAUUUCUUGGCAAAAUCGUUAAAAAAUAUAAAAAGUGGGUUAGGUUUGAAGGAUAAUAGCAUGGAGUAUUUCAAAUUCCACGAUCAAUUCCCCGUGGAAGGGUUGUUGAACGGUUUGUGUUUUAAUGACGUUUACGUACCAUUAGAAGUGGUGUCUCACAUUUUGUCAUUCCUUGAAGCUGAUGAGCUAUUGUCUACUUGCUCACUGGUGUGUAAGUGGUGGUGUAACAUCAUAAAGUCGACGUCAUUUUGGCAGGUGUUCUAUAACAGGAGAGAGUAUCCCAGAAGAGCGGCUCAUCUGCCGUGGUAUGUUUUUUAUUGUUAUUUUGCCACUGACAAUUUUAAAAAUUUGUUGAAAAAUGGAAAUGGUCAAGAGCGAUUUGAUCAUUGGCAAAUUGUAGAAAAUGGUGGUCACCAUUUUAAGAUAGAAGACCUGCCUGAAUAUGCAGAUCCUCUGCCACUUGAUACUCCAGAAUUCUAUGGGCAUACAAGUUGCUUCUCCACAUCUUAUAAUUUGUGCUUUAAAAUACAAGAGAUUUCAUUGAUGAAGAAAAGGCUGCUUCGUUAUAUACUAUUUAAGUAUAAACCCAUACUCUAUGUAAGUGAGUGGUGGGCUGCACGUUAUGAUUGUGGCUGUUUAUAUCAGCUUUCAAUCAGAUGUUGUUCUGAAUAUGAUCGAAUCAAGUUUCAUGAGGAGAGACGUAUACCAUAUGCAUUUAGAAAUGAUAAUGAGGCACAACCUCCUAAUUUGCCAUACACUUAUGUAACAAAAAGAGAAUCAGCGCAACAGUGGGAACGAAUGCAUUGGAGCAAGGUAAAGAAGAAUGGGUGGAAAUUGAAGUCCGGGAUUAUAGGGCAGAUAUAGCUAAAAUUGUUUUUGGUCAUGAAGGUCGAGAUACUAUGUUUUGGAAAGGUCACUAUGGUAGUAAAAUGGCAGGAGGUGUUGUGAAGUUUUUAUUUGAAUCUAUUAAAGAAGACAUUAUUUAUUAGCAAAUGUAAUUUAAACAUUUAGGCUGAAUUAUUAGAACUGGUCCUAUCAUGGUACAUGGUUGUAAAUCUCCAUUCCUUUUUAAUGUGUGGUUUAACGCAGAUGUGUAGGCGAAUGUCAAUGGAAAUGCUGGUGACAAAAUGUUACUUUGGGAUAUCAGUUUUGUUCAAUAUAAGAGCCUUAUUAAAAAAAAAUUGCAUCAAAUAUUCUUAAUUAGUUACUUAAUUAAUUAAUAAUUUAGCAUUUCCUUAGUAUUAUGUAUUAAUCAUACACAAACAAAAAAUAAGCGUGAUAACUUAAGGCUGUAAUUUUGCAUUAAAUGAAAC